AUGUGCACUUCCAGGCUCUUCACCCUCGUCCUGGUGGUGCAGCCAUCCCGCGUCCUCCUGGGCAUGAAAAAACGCGGGUUUGGCGUCGGUCUCUGGAACGGCUUCGGGGGCAAAGUGCAGGCAGGGGAGAGCAUCGAGGAGGCUGCUCGCAGGGAGCUCCUGGAGGAGAGUGGACUGACCGUGGACACCUUGCAGAAGAUGGGUCAUAUCACAUUUGAAUUUGUAGGCAAUCCUGAACUCAUGGAAGUUCACAUUUUCCGGGCAGAUGACUUUCAUGGAGAGCCAACGGAAAGUGAUGAAAUGCGUCCACAGUGGUUCCAGCUGGAUGAGGUGCCAUUCAAUCACAUGUGGGCAGAUGAUAUCUACUGGUUCCCACUUCUGCUUCAGAAAAAGUUGUUUCGUGGCUAUUUUAAGUUCCAGGGACAAGACACUAUCCUGGAGCACACUCUGAAAGAAGUGGAGGAAGUUUAAGAAAACUGAAGCAUUCAACCCACGUGCUGCUGCCCAUUUUGGGAGAGAACACCAUCGGUAGUACUUAGAAGGUUCUCCUUUCUCAACCCUCCAGCAAAGGAGGCUCAUUUGCCAGGUCACUAGGAAGUACGGAAAAUAAGGGGGUUUCUUAGAGAAGAAACAGAAGUAACAGGAUUUUUCCAUGCUGUGAAGUCCCUGGCUGUGGUAUUCGUUAGUGGUUGCGUGACCACAACUAUUAAAAAGUUUGUAUUAUUGCA